AUGUGUGUGGGAAUUGCCUCAGUCGCGCGGGAGGGCGUAAGCUAUCUCCAGAGCGCAGUGGGAUCGGUGCUAGAGGGUCUCUCUGCGGCAGAGAGAGAAGCUCUAUACCUGAUUGUUUUUAUCGCACAUACAAAUCCAGCUGAGCAUCCGGCGUACUUGGAGCCGUGGCUUCAUGCGCUCGCCAAUAGGGUCCUUCUCUAUGACCCUGACGCUCUCGAUAUUGACCACAUCCGUGGCCUUGAAACCCCCGAGGCAAAGAGCUUUGCCCACGAAAAGGGUCUGCUCGACUACACUUAUCUCCUUAAGGCGUGCGGAUCCACCAAUACAUCGUACACUGUUAUGCUUGAGGACGAUGUCAUUGCUCUUGACGGGUGGUAUCACCGGACUAAACACGCGCUGGCGGUCAUCGAACAACAGACCCUCAAGGAGGGAGCGGACAAGUGGCUCUACCUUCGACUUUUUUACACAGAAAAAUUUCUGGGCUGGAACUCGGAAGAAUGGCCUAUUUACCUCUCCUAUUCUCUCCUCGCUAUAUUUGGAGUCGUGGCCACAACCACGGCGAUUCGUCGCUGUCGCCCAGCUACGACUACAUACCUGCCAAAUGAAACAAUAGCUCUCCUCUCCUUCGUCAUUACACCUCUGUUGAUUAUUCUCUUCUUCGCUGCGGGACGGGCAACGAUGCUCCCCAUGCCUGACGGGGUGCACGCGAUGCCCAAUUUCGGCUGCUGCUCCCAGGGAUUGGUCUUUCCGCAAGCCCGCAUCAAUGACCUGGUGUCUUGGUAUGAGUCCAAACGUGUCGGGUAUGUCGACAUGCUCACGGAGGAUUACGCGGAUUAG